AUGGCAAAGGCUUCCAGCAAGAAGACUUCGGUCAAGAAGACUGAUUCUUCCAAGACCAAGUCUAUCCCCCCUCAGCUGAUCGCCUCAGUCGCGGCUUUCUUGUCGGACAAUUUCCCUCAGACUAGCGUCGCCUUCACUAAGGAAGCGACAAAGUCGGGCAAGCAGAGCGAUGCGAAAAAUGUUCCCUCUCUUUUGGAACUCUUCCAAGCCUCGGAGCAGAAAUCUAGCGUGAAGAAGUCUGCUAGCCCCAGUUCUUCUUCCAGCUCAAGCAGCAGCUCCGAUAGUGACUCGGAUGUUGAGAUGGGUGAGGCCACUCGCUCGUCCUCUUCGUCUUCCUCUUCGUCUUCGUCUUCCUCUUCUAGCUCCGAUAGCGAUGCGGAUGAUGAGGAUGACGAUGAUAAGUCUCCUGCGGCUCCCACCUCCGCCCCCAGCUCCGCUCCGGCUCAGAAGUCUGCCGGCGUGAAGCGCAAGGCCGAGUCUAGCAGCGAGUCUAGCAGCUCCUCCGACUCCAACUCCUCCUCUUCAUCCGAAGAUGAUAGCCCUAAGGCCAAGAAAGCCAAGACAUCUCCCACCCCCAAAGAGGCAUCUUCCUCUUCGUCUUCGGAUUCUUCCAGCUCUGACUCAGACUCCUCGUCGAGCUCCUCUUCUGAUUCUUCGUCUGAUUCCUCCUCCGACUCUUCUUCUGACUCCUCUUCUGAGUCUUCCUCCGACUCCUCUUCUGAGUCUGAGUCUGAAUCAGAGUCCGAAUCCGAAAAAGAAUCCAAGAAGGCCCUGAAGAAGGCAAAGAAGACACCUCUCCCCGAGUCCGACUCCUCUUCUGACUCGGAGUCUUCUUCAUCCGGCAGCACCCUCGCCGCUUCCCCAGAGACCGAGACCAAGCCCACAAAGAAGGCCGUGGAGACUGUGCAGACUACCUCAUCGAGCGCCAGUCCCGCUCCUGGCAAUGGACCUGCCAAGAAGAAGCACACCGGAGCUCGCCCUACCCCUCUGGCCCUCCUGAGUGAAUUGCCCCAUGACCACCCCUCGAACGACUACAUGUCGUACGCCUAUGCAGACCGUGCCUGGAAGGACUUGUCUGUGACCCGCGGCAAGGGAUUCACCAAGGAAAAGAACAAGAAGAAGCGUGGCUCCUACCGCGGCGGCCCCAUCGACAUUGCCCCCGGCACGACCUCCUACAAGUUCGAGGAUUAA